AUGUACCUAAAGCACUGUAAAAACUACCUAAAAUCUGGGUUAAGCACUGGACAUAGCAAAUCACUACACAGAGACAUACUGCAAUAUGUUUUCCAGACAGUUUAUAAACCAAUCCACAACUACCUCCCUUUCCACCCGUGUGCAGCUCCAGCGGUGCGGUUCAGGCGGUCUCUGCAAGACGUGGAGGUGAGAGAGAGAGGCAUGGCCGUGUUGGAGUGUGAGGUACCUAAUGAGGGCAUCCCCACUGCCUGGUACCUGGAGGACCAGAGGCUGCAGGCAGGGGGUAAAUACGGCAUAGAGCAGAACGGAGCCCGGCGCAGGCUCACUAUCCGAGAUGUAGGAGCGGACGACGAUGGGGUCUAUCUCUGUGAGAUGCCUGAUGGAGGGAAGAGUAUUGCUGAGCUGGCCGUCAAAGGCACAAUUGUUAAAAAACUUCCUCGAAAACUAGACGUGUUAGAGGGGGAGAAUGCUGUGUUCUGUGUGGAGGUAGAGGAGGAGAACAUGGAUGUCCACUGGUUCAAAGAUGGCCUGAAGCUACGCGAGAGCCACCAGACUAUCCUCAAGUCCUUUGGUAAAACCCACAUGCUGGUGUUCGUCAACGUCUGCCGGGACACUGGGGUCGUGACCUUCGUUGUGGGAAGAUCCAAGACCUCGUCCCGGCUCAGAGUCAAAGCUGCCAGACACAGCCCUCCCAUCUGUCCAGUGGGGGUAGAGAUGGAUGUGGACAGGCCCAACAGCGUGCUCCUCUCCUGGGAGCCGGCCCCCACCAGCCAGACCACCACGCGCUCCGUCUAUGUCCUGGAGAGACAGGAAGUGGGAUCACAGGAGUGGCUGAGGUGUGCGACCUCCGACACGGCGACCUCCGCAGAGGUCAUGGGUGACAGCGUGCCGUGCGAGGGCGAUUACCGCUUCCGUGUCUGCUGCAUCAAUAAGUAUGGCCGUAGUGGACACGUGGAGUUCCCUAAAGUAGUCCAUCUUGUGCCAGGUCCCAAGAUCAGGACCCCUCUCCAGGGCUGUGAGGUGACGGAGGGGGAGGACGCUCUGUUCUCCAUUGAUCUGUCAGUGAUGGUGACGGGCACCUGGUUCCUGAACAGCACCCAGCUACAGGAUAGCCAACACUACUCUAUCCAACAGGCCAAGACACAGCACUCCCUGGUAAUCCACAGCACCAAGGUGGAAGACCACGAGGCAGAGGUCACCUUCAUCGCCAACGGAGUCAGAGACUCAGCGGUUCUCAAGGUUCAAGCUGCGGUGGUGAAGUUCAGCCCAAUGUCAGAGUCAGACAGUAACAAGAGGGUGGAGACUGGUGACUAUGUGGUCCUGUACUGUGAGGUGUCCCACCCCUCAGCCAGCGUGGGCUGGUUCAAGGAUGGGGUGGAGCUACAGGUGACAGAUGGCCUCAACAUCCAAUCAGAAGGCAACAUGAGGAGGAUCGUUAUCCGAUCGGCUGAGUUCACCGACUCUGGCGUGUACACAUGCGAGAUGAUGGGUGAUGUCAUCAAUUUCAACGUGGAGGUUGAAGGUCCCCCUGUGCAGUUCAGUGAGGUCCCUGAGGAGGAGCUCCAGAAGUCUGCCAUGGAGCUGGAUCCUGUGGUGCUCACCUGUGAGGUUUCCAGAGAGGACGCCAACGCUACCUGGUAUAAGGAUGGGGUUGAGGUCCAGGCCAGUGAUAACAUGACCAUACAAACAGAGGGCACCAUGAGGAGACUGAUCAUCCGUUGUGCUGAGACCUCAGACGCAGGAACCUACAGCUGUCAGUCAGGAGACAACAGCCUCUCAUUCACUGUCAACAUCAAAGAGCCUCCAGUGAUGAUCGUGGAGCCCAAAGAGGACGUGGUUAUGGAGGGUCAUAUCUCUGAGCAGGUGGUCCUGCAGUGUGAGCUGUCCCGCUCCAGCGGUGAGGUCCACUGGUUUAAGGACGGCCUUCAGGUCCUGGAGACGGAGAAGGUCCAGCUGACGUCCGAGGGACCGUACAGGAGGCUGACCGUCCUCUGCGGCUCAGCAGAAGAUUCCGGAGAGUACGUCUGCGACACGGAUGGAGACUCUGUGUUCUUCCAGGUCACCAUCACAGAGCUUCCGGUGCGAAUCGUCUCCCCCACUGAGUCUGAGCUGGAGCUGACCAGCCUGACCUCUGAGAGGCUGGAGCUCAGCUGCGAGAUCUCCCAGCCUGAUGCCCAGGUACGCUGGUACCGAGAUGGGCUGGAGGUGGAGGAGAGUGCCUCUCUCAUCCUGGAGGUCCAGGGAGCCCACAGGACACUGGUCAUCCCCACGACCACUGUGGAGGACACAGGAGAGUAUGUGUGUGACACAGAGGAUGACUCGGUCACAUGGCUGGUCACUAUUUCAGAGCCUCCUGUGAAGCUGGCCCGCUCUGAAACAAUGUCUGAUGUAAUGGACUGUUUCUCUGGAGAACCCAUCGUCCUGGAGAUCGAGGUGUCACGGUUCAACGCUGAGGUGAUCUGGAUGAAGGAUGGAGGAGAGGUGGAGGAGAGCAGUGAUGUCACCAUCACUGAGGAUGGACUCAUCCGCCGCCUCACCAUCCGCACGCCCGCCCCGGGCGACUCUGGGAAAUACACCUGUCUUGCCUCAGAUGACGUCAUCGACUUCCAGGUCAAGGUGUCAGAGCCUCCCGUGAAGAUUGUGAAUAGGUCAGAAGUCAAGACAGAGGUCAAGUCCCUGCCCUCUGAUGACAUCGAGUUGGAGUGUGAACUCUCCAGGGCCAAUGCCGUCGCUAAGUGGUACAAAGAUGGCCGCCGGUUAAACGAGGACGAGAGGUUCUAUGAGGAGGAAGAAGGGGCGUUCCGCUCCCUGGUGAUCCUUAACGCUGAGCUGGAAGAUUGCGGAGACUACUUCCUUGAUGCCGGAGAUGACAACAUCACCUUCCAUGUCACUGUGCAAGAGCCUCCAGUGACCAUCCUGGGGAACUCUGAGGACACAGACUACCAGGAGAUGGUUGCCGGGGACGACCUGAUCCUGGCCUGUGAGGUGUCCCGGGCCAAUGCCCCUGUCCAGUGGUACUGUAACGACAGACAGCUGAAUAGCGAUGACCGGACCUACAUCGAGAGCUACGGCACGCUGAGGAAACUCAUCGUCUCUGACAUCCUGCCAUCCGACUCUGGGAAGUACAUGUGUGAUGCUAUCGAUGACAAGAUGGUCACCAUGGUGAAGAUCCAAGACUCCCCCGUCACCUUCGUAGACAAACAGGCAGUGAACAUCAUCACGGGUUACGAGGCAGAGAGCGUGACGCUGAUGGGGGUCGUGUCUAAGGAGAACGCUCCCGUUCGCUGGCUCAAGGACUGGACGCCCGUCAUAGGGGACCGCUUCCACACGGGGGUCGACGGCGCCACCCGGUUCCUCACCAUUGACCCGCUGAGACGGUCGGACAGUGGAGAGUACACAGUAGACGCCAACACAGACGAGAUGCAUUUCAGUCUGCUAGUCAAAGAGAUGAGGGUGAAGUUUGCCAAGCCGCUCCACGACACCGUGGCCCAUGCGGACGGCAUGGUGACCAUACGCUGUGAGGUGUGUAAGCCCAAGGCGGACGUCCAGUGGUUGAAGGACGGCGUGGAGAUCGUCCCCAGCCGGAGGUUCACCAUCCGGGCCGACGGCGUGGAACGUAGCCUGACCAUCCACAGGCUGACCAGGGACGACACGGGGGAGUACGCCUGCGAGUCCAAGGACGACCGCACCACCGCCAGGCUCAGAGUCGAGAUGCCCCGCGUGGUAGAGUUCUUGACAGAGCUCCACAACACCAUGGUGUUAGAGGGAGAGGACGCCACCUUCAAGUGCGUGGUGUCGCCAGAGGACGUGCAGCUGGUGUGGGGGAUGGACGGCGAGCUCGUCGUCAUGGGUGACCGUUUCCAGGCGACGCAGAAUGGCCUGUGUCAUACCCUGGUGAUCAAGAGCUGUCAGAUCCUGGACUCCUGUAAGAUCACAGUGGAGGCUGAGGGGAACGUGUCUAAGGCCACCCUCAAAGUACAGGAAGCUCAGGUGACCUUCACUAAGAAGAUGGAGGCGGUGAUGGCCGAGGAGUACGGAGACGCUACCAUGGAAACAGAGGUCAGUCUGGACACGGGCGAGGUCCAGUGGAUGAGGCAGGGUGUGGUCAUCCAGCCAGGACCCCGACACACCCUGGGCCAGAGCGGACGCAAACGCAGCCUGACCAUCUGCAACCUCAACCUCUCUGACCGCGGAACCUACCGCUGUGAAACCCUGCACGACCGCACGCAGGUCAAACUCAACGUAGAGCCCCGUAAGAUCGCCAUCCGUAAGGGUCUGGUGGAGACGGACACAUUUGAGCGGGAGACGGCCUCCUUCGAGGUGGAGCUGUCUCACACUGGCGUGGAGGGCUUCUGGCAGAAGGACGGCAUCCGGGUCAAACCCAGCAACCACUGGCGGGUGAGCUGCAACGGGCUGGUCCACGGACUCACCCUGUCCAACCUUACCCUGGAGGACACGGGCACCAUCGUCUUCUCUGCGGAGGGAGUCCGGACCUCUGCCAGGCUCACUGUCAAGGAGACUCCAGUGACUCUCAUGAAGAAGCUGGUAGACAUGAGACUGGAGAAGGGCUCUCCUGCCACAUUGGAGUGUGAGCUGUCCAGGCAGAACGUGGAGGUCAGGUGGCUGAAGAAUGGGACAGAGCUGAAGCCAGGGAAGACCCAGUACCGUAUCUACUCCAUGGGGAGGAAGAGGUUCUGUCAGCUGCUGCAGUGUAGCCUCUCUGAUGCAGGCACCUACACCUGUGACGUAGGAGAUGUCAAUACAUCCUGUAAUCUGGAGGUCUAUGAGCCUGAAGUGGAGGUGCUACACGGGCUGGAGGACCUGUAUGUCCAGGAGGACCAGAAUGCUGUGUUCAUGUGUGAGGUGUCCAUGGAGGACGUGACCGGGGAGUGGUACAAGGAUGGACACAAGAUACGACCCACUAGCACCAUCAAGAUACGCACAGAGGGGACCAAACACUUCCUUCUCAUGUGCAACGUUAAAGCUGAGGAUUCUGGGGAGAUCCGCUUCGUGACCAAACAGACAGAAUCAACAGCCUACCUAGAGGUGGAAGAGGCCCCCGUGUCUAUCGUGAAGCCUCUGAGAGACCGCACGGCUCUGGAGAAGCACCGCGUGAUUCUGGACUGCACCGUAUCCACGCCGCGCUGUGAACUCACAUGGUACAGAGGCAAGGCAGAGCUGGAGUCUUCUGAUAGGCUAGAGAUCCACAGUGACGGCUGCUACCAUAAACUGACCAUCCACGAGGCGACUGUAGAGGACGAGGGUACCUAUAGUAUAGAGGUUGGGGAGCACACCUCCACAGCCCAACUCCUGGUGGAAGCCCAGUCCCUGGUGAUAGAGACAGAGCUGGAGGAUGUGGCGGUGACGGCUCCUGACCAGGCCUGUUUCCAGUGUGAGGUGUCCGUGGCCAUCAGCAGGCCCCCAGUCUGGACUCUGAAUGGAGAGACCAUCCAGUCCAGCCCUGAUGUCCGCUUAGAGAACCACGGAACCGUCCACAAACUGAACCUGAAACAGACCAGACCAGACAUGAGCGGGACGGUUACCUUCGCCAUGGGAAAGGCCAAGAGCAGCGCCAAACUGAACGUGAUGUGGAAGUAGAGGCAAGGGGGAGAGAAUGGGAAAUGUUGAUUCUGUUAUGAUCAGGAAUUGAAUGUCUGAGACUGUUUUAGGGUUUGAAGGUACUAUAUAAGAAUGUGGUCUAUCUGAUCUAGUAAAGCUGCAUGUAAUGAGCGAGACAGAAAAGUAGAAUGAUGAUGAAAUGUGGUACUUAAGCCCCAAACAACUGUUUCAGGAUCAGUUUUUGUUUUACUCAAUGGUUGGGGUCAUGAGCAAAGCUGAUCUUCAGUCAGUUGUAAAGGGCAGAAAGUAACCUUGGAGAGAAAUGUUAAGAAGGAUGGAUUCCAGUCAAGUCAAAAGGUCAAAUCGGUAUGCAAAACUAGGGUGUCUGGAGGGUGUCUGGAGGGGUUAGAAUGGUUUAUAAUGGUGGGUAUGAAUGCCUGUGUGUAUGGAUAUAAAUCAAUUGUACACAUCUGUUACACAUAUUUAUUUUGAAAAUAUAUUGAUUGGAAAUUAACAUUUGAAUUCUAUAAUUAGGUCAAAAAUAUUUUUUUCUAAAUAUGUUAUAUUUUCCCCACUGUCAUUAAAUACUGACAUCCAUCGUUUGAAUGAAGGUUUUUAUCCAAUAAAACCGUCAGACAAUAUCUUAGGAUAGAGCUUACAAACAUUGUUACUUUUGAAUGUGCUUCGAUGUCAAAUCGUGGAUAGACUGCCUGAACACAAAAGCACCUGCACUGGUUAUAUAAUUAUGUUGUAUUUAUGGAAGAUAUAAUUAAACAGUUCAAUACAAUUGGUAUGAUAAAAAGACUGUCCACAAACUACAUUACAGCUAUUCAAUCCUAAAUCACAUGAAUAAUCCAUAAUAUAUUAAUUUCAUUUUUUGUUUGCUUUAUUACAGUGCAAAACAAAAUAUACAUAUGUGUAUAAUAUAUGCAUAUAUGAUUUAAAGUGUUUGAAUACAGGAAGAAGAGGUACAGCAAUAGGUCAAGGUCCUCAUGGUGAUAGAAAGCUCUCUUCCAAAGCACUGUGAAUGACUAGGGAACAGCUCUGAAGCAGUUGAAAGGGACUGGAUCUACGACAGUAAAUAUCCCUACUGAGUUAUGACAGGAAUCAUGCCUUGAAAUACCAAAAAAAAAAAACAUUUAAAAUGUGUGUAAAUCCUAGAUGUCACAUUAUCUAAAUGGCUGUGGGUGGCUUGAAUUUCAAACCAGGAUUUGCCCAGUUCCUAUUAUGUGUGUGUGUGUGUGUGUAUCCAUUAAUCCAUUGUUAGAGAGCCCACAACAUUCUCGAUUUGUACUACAGUGAUUUAUGUUCAUCCUUUGGAUAAUACUAACAAAGGGCCAACCCACUUGCCAAAAGAAAGAUGAAAAAACAAUUGUCUUUUGUAUCUAACUUGAUUGACACAGGCACUUGGUGCGUGUUUUAAGUUGGAAUGUGACAUUUAGUAAAACAUGUUUUUUUUUUUUAUUUUAUUAUUUCUUAAUACUGAUAGAUUUAUCAUCAUCUACUGGUUAUUUAAACUCUGAAUCAUCUUAUUUCACAAGGUAUUUUAGUAGGCCUUUAGUCAACUCCAACACAGAUGCUUUUCCCCAUGCAUUCAUAAAACAGUAUCAAUCGAUACAAAUCAUCAAUCCAUUAAACUACUCUUCCUGUUCACUUCCUGAUAGACCAUCUUAGUUUUUACUUACAAAUAACAAUUAUUGUAUUGUUCCAAACCCAGGUAAGUACCGUUAAUAUAGUCCUACCUUGUGUCAGAAGCUUAAGAAGUUUAAAAACCAAACUACCCAAAUCCUACAAUCUGGUCUAAAGAAGCAUAGUAUUUGCAGUCCUUUAAAAAGAGGUCAUGAAAAAGGGAAAGUAUUCAAGUACUGUUUCCAGUAAGAGGAGGGAGAAGUGUGCUUGUCAAAACCAGGUGGAUAACACACAGUCAACACCUUUCCUCCAUGGUAAGGCUGGGCGUUACAGACUAAAUAUAGUUUGUCUAAAUGUGUUUCAUGAUUAGUGCAUGACCUAGAAUGGCAACAAAUCAAUUAUUUGUGAAUUUAAAAUGGGCUUUCUCCAUUCUGAUGGUUUUAUACUCAACCAAACCAGGACAAAACUGACAGUGAAUUAGUCCAAUUUGUAGAACUUUUAAUUUAAUUUAGCACUGUAUCAAAAUUCUGUUAUUGUGAAAAUAUAUAGUGGUAUGUGGAUCCAUACCGGUAUUCACAAUAUAGUCGCCCAGCCCUCCUCCAUGAAUGUAGCGUUGACCAACAGUUUGCCUGGACAGAAUCUAAAUAUGUUUUUCCAACACAUAUCCAGGUCCUCUUGCAGAAUACCAAGGGUUUUCCAGGCCAUUGACUGGUACAUGGUACUGUGUCCAUGUGUCUGAGCUGGAGCAUUUAGUCUGUCUGGGUUGAUGUCCAUAGUCCACAGACAAUGUAAUCCAAAAAAAUCCUAAAAGAUUAUAUUGUAAUUUAAGGUGCAGUUCAGUCAUCUGACUACUGUAUUUGUUAUGAAAACAUUUAUACAGGGUAAUGGAAUGUUAUCUGGCACAUUAUCGCACAUAUUCCUAUGGUUUUAAUAAAAAACUAAAUUAAACAAAUAUGGUUAAGGGACAUGGAACGUUUUGAUAGCUGCAGUAACUGAUAAAUGUCAUUCUCUAUGAUUCCAUCCCCCUUAACAAGUACUGAUGCCCAUUCUGCUAGUCAUUAUGAUACUAGCUGAGUGAUGAAAGAAGUAAAACCACUUGACUUACACAAAGCCAAAACUUUGCUUGUUAAAAAUGUUAAAUUGUCUGUUGGGGAAU